GGGGGCGGCCGGGUGACGAGAGGCCGAGCGCAGGGGCUACUCCAAGAGGAAAGGUUGGAAAAGACCCGCUUGGGUGGCGGCGGCGGCGGCGGCAGCGGCAGCAGCGGCAACAACGUCGCCUUGCCCAGGGCAGAGAGAGGCGCGCAGGCCCGGGCCCCCAACGCCAGGGCGUACAGGAACAAGAAAGCAGGCGAGGAGGUCAAAGGUGAGGAAGAAGAAGAAGACGAAGAAGAUGAAGUCUCCACUAUGUCCGAAGGUUCAGAAGUGGCACAGGAUUUUGAGGCCAGCAAUUAUGGCAGACCAGGGAUAGGCCAACUGAAUGGGGACUGUAAGGACAGCAAGCAUGGUGGGAAAGAGAUCCCCCAGCCCAGUGGCGCCCUCGCCAGAGACCUGCGCUCCCUCGAAGAGGAGCAGUCCUUGAGGAAAGGAUCGGAGCGUCCCCCCCACCCCGAAGGAAAUGAGCAAUGUCAUGCAAAGGCCUCUUGGCCUGGAGAAAGUGCCUGUCACCGCCUGGGGGGUAGCAAGAAAGAUGGCAGCACCUACCAGCAACCAGACAGAGCAGUGUCACCAGCUGUUGCAGGUGCUGAGCCCUCUGUGCCCUCCUCUCCUGGGAGACCUGGCAUCCAGGCAGAUGGGAGACCAUUCAGCUGCACCUCAGUAAAGGAGAAGCCUUCUGACCCUGUGGAAUGGACCGUGGCUGAUGUUGUGGAUUAUUUCACAGAAGCUGGGUUUCCUGAGCAAGCAUCUGCCUUUCAAGACCAGGAGAUCGAUGGGAAGUCGCUGCUGCUGAUGCAGCGCACGGAUGUGUUGACAGGCCUGUCCAUCCGCUUGGGACCUGCCCUCAAGAUCUAUGAAUACCACAUCAAGGUGCUGCAGCAGUGCCACUUCGAAGAGGACGAGGGCGACUCCUUCAUGGGAUGAGGAGGGAUUUGCCACAGCUUGUGGAGGGAAUUGGGGAAAGAGAGAGAGAGAGAGAGUUUGGAGGGGGGAGAGAAAAGGGGAGAACGGAGGGGGGGGCCCUGACAUCCGCUGCCAUCUACAGGUUUUUUAGCCCUCCUUUGCCUCUGAAAGCAAAGUGACAUCUGUGUGGAAAUGGCAGAGGCUGUGACUGGAUAUUGUGAAAGGAGGGAGGGAGAAGUGAUGAUCCUACCCCUCAUGGCUCCUCACCACCCCGACUGACCAGAGGUAGAAAAGGCUGGGGUGGGACGGCUGCCAAACUCCUUUCUUUUCCAGUCCUCUGUGUGUUAACCUACUCCAAGCUUUCCACUUGCUACAGUGCAUUGCCUGUUUUGGGAAAGGCAGAGAAGUGUCUUUUCUCUUCUACCCAUCCUCAAUUUAAUUGAGAUAAUUUGUGCUUCAGCAUUCCUCCACCCCACCCCCACUGUUUCCUCCUUUCCCACCACAGGAGCACUUGGUGGCCCAAACUGCCCCCUUCCUUGCUGUGAUUGAUAAGACAAAAAAAACAUAGAACCUGCUGGAGGUGUCAGGAGGUUUCAAUCAAGUAUCUUUUUAUUCUCUUUUUUCUGUUUGGGUAGGCUUUUCUUCCAAUUUUCAUGGUCGUUGCCCAGAGUCAACUGCUUUUUAUUAUUUCUUCCUUCUCAUUUUUUAAAAAUAUAAAUAUUUAAAACUGAAAAAAAAAAUCUGAUUGGUUUAGUAUUUCCGCAUUUGUGGAAUGUAAUGGAACAAUUCAUGAGGAUGUGUGUGAAAGGGAAUGAAAGUGUCUAGCCAGAAUCCUCUUGUAUAAUGACGCAAAUGACAUAACAUUUAGAAGGAAGUUGCCCUAAGUUAAGAAACCAGGGUAUACAUUGUCAGGUGCACACUGAGCCAUUCAACUCAGUAUGUAGCAGACCGCGUGGACAGUGAUUUCUUAACUUGAGGCCAAUUGAGCUCCAAAGCUAAGCCAUUUGUGCUUUACCAGUGUAACUAGAUAAGAGGAUUUGGGCCUCUGUGUAGAAUGCCCUGUGUUCUGCUUUGAGGGGAAGAAGGUCAUCUGGUGGUGGUGCUCAUUUGUCUUUGGAAAGAAAAGACUUAGAAUGACCUAAUCUGACUAGCCCACAGUUGUUGGGGAGUGAGUCGGGGAAAGCCUAAGGAUUUCUGGCUCAGCUGCUAGUAUUGUAAUUCACAAUGGUAAAAGUGCAGUAAUUAUUGCACGUGGGCACGCGCGCGCGCGCACACACACACACACACACACACAAAUUCUAAAAUAAAAGACCUAGGACUCGGAAAAAGAAGCAUUUGAUAGUGGCAAUGGGAAUUGUACCUGUUGUCACUCCUAGUAACUCAGCUGGUGAUCUUAUAUAGGCACCAUAGCUGCCCAUAUCAGCAGUGUAAACGCGUCGGGGGUGUUUUGGAACAAAAAAAAA